CAGAGCGGGGCGAGCCUCUGCCUGGUGAAGUACCCGAGGUGUGAGUGUGUCAGUGCGAGGCAGAAUGGCUUUGUGGGCAGGAUAUGUACUUGUGGCAGCCAUUUUGUUGGCAACAAUGACGUCAUCAAGAGGUGUGGCAAGGACCAAUAAUGUGGUGUGUUACUACGCCUCUUGGGCUCACUACAGACAAGGCCCGGCCAAGUACAGUCUGGACGACAUCCCGGCGGACAAGUGCACGCACCUGAUCUACGCCUUCGCUACCUUGGACGCCCGGGACUUCGUGGCCAAGCAGCACGACAGGUGGCUGGACGAAGACCUUAAGAACUAUAGGAAGUUCGUUCAGCUGAAGGAGAAAAAUCCACGGUUGAAGAUACUACUUGCUCUCGGCGGCUGGAACGACUCAAGAAGUACCAAAUACUCGCAGUUGGUAUCGGAUCCUAACAAGCGUAGCAGGUUCGUGAGCGAGGUGGUGAAGCUGGUCCUCGAGUAUGGUUUUGACGGCCUCGACCUCGACUGGGAGUACCCGGGUUAUGAUUGGAACCCCAAUGAUAAGCAAGGAUUCACUUCAUGGCUGGUUGACCUGCGAAAAGCCUUCGACCCCCACGGCCUGCUCCUGACGGCGGCCGUGAGCGCAGGCAAGGGCACCAUCGACCGAGGCUACGACAUCCCCAGAGUGGCCAAGCUCCUGGAUAUGAUCAACCUAAUGUCCUACGACUUCCACGGGUCUUGGGAGAACCGGGUAGCUCACCACGCCCCCCUCUAUGCAGACCCGGGGCAGAACCCUGAACUGUGCGUGGACUUCGCCGUCAAUUAUUGGAUCAAGAAGGGCGCCCCUCCUCACAAGUUGAUAAUGGGUGUACCAGCUUACGGAAGAUCGUGGACGCUGGCGGGGUCUGACACGUCCCCAGGCGCGGCCGCGGCGGGAGCAGGGCGCGAGGGGCGGCACGUCAGGGAGAGAGGGAGUCUGCCCUUCUUCGAGUGCUGUCUGGCGGAGCAGGAAGGCUGGACGAAGAGGAGGACCCAAGCAGGACCUUACCUGACGAAGGGAAACCAGUGGGUGGGUUAUGAUGACGUCCAAUCAGUGGUUCAAAAGGCUCAGUACGCGACGAACAUGGGCCUCGGCGGCGUCAUGAUGUGGGAUAUCACCACGGACGACUUCGGGGAUGUCUGCGGUGAAGGCAAGAACCCCCUGCUGACGGCCAUGGUCAGGACACUCCAUGGCGACCCGCCCUCCGUCGGAUCCGUCUCUCAACGCAAGGGAAGACCUUCGUCAGGAGCCAAGCCUUCGCCAUCUUCGUUUAGGGAUCCUCGGCAAGGAGGGGUGUCCUCCGGUAGUCAGGGAAGUGGGAGUCCAGUCGCAGCGCCUGCAGGAGGAAGUACGGCCUUCGAAGGAAGUGUUAUAACCACAACUCCGGGCAUUGUUGGAGAUGGCGAGACUGUUACGCAAGUUGCUUCGUCAGGACCUACGACCGAAUUGCCCUAUCCUUGGCUCGCAUGGCCAGUCUUCAGCAGGUCACCGCAAGACAUACAAAACUUAAAUUCCAUCACGACCACAAAGUCGCCAUUCCACUCUUUCAGAACUCCCUCUCCGCCUACAUCUCGAGCUCCUGCUUUUCCAGCCUUCACUUCCUUUACCUCCUCUCCCUCCUUUUCUUCGCCUCCUGGUUUCUCAUCUUCCCUCUCUUUAUCCCCCUCGAUAACUUGGUUCACAAACUGUCGUGACGAGGGCUUUGCGCUUGAUCCGGCCUCCUGCUCCUCCUUUUACAGAUGCACGGAAGAAUUCGCUUAUAAAUCAAUUACUCUAGUUGCUUUGCGAGUAUUCAAAGAUUUUAAAGUUCACUCUGACAUCGCCGCACAGGUUCUCUCACACAUGCUGUCUCCCUCAGGUUCUCGUGUCCCGGAGGUCUUCUGUGGAACCAUGACCAGUCCUCGUGUGACUGGCCCAGUCUUAGCAGUGACCAUAAGGUUCACUGUUCAGCAAAUUAGUAUCAAGAGUUACAAUACCAAGGAUACCAGUAGGAGCAAGGUGAGUACUUCAAAUUAUAAUUUUCGUGCAAAGAAUGUGCAACGUCUAGAAACAGUGCAAGAUUCAUUUCUAUCAAAUAGUACAGCUCACUGUCGAACUAUAACGCUUCUCACAGUCUUAGCAGUGAACAUACAUACAUACAAAUUAGUAUCAAGAGUUACAAUACCAAGGAUACCAGUAGGAGCAAGAAGUGUCCCUGUCGCGUUUCGAGCAGCUAAGUCGCCAUCAAGAAACGUGGUUUGUUACUAUGGCUCUUGGGGUCACUACAGACAUGGCCCGGCCCAGUACAGUCUGGACGACAUCCCGGCAGACAAGUGCACGCACCUGAUCUACGCCUUCGCUACCUUGGACGCCCAGAACUUCGUGGCCAAGCAGCAUGACAAUCAUCUUGACGAAACCCUCAAGAACUACAGGAAGUUCGUCCAGCUGAAGGACAGGAAUCCCAGACUGAAGGUCCUGCUUGCGCUGGGAGGCUGGACUGACUCCCAGGGCUCCAAGUACUCGCAGCUGGUGUCGGACUCCGGCAGGCGCGGACGGUUCGCGAGCGAGGUGGUGCAGCUGCUCCUCCAGUACGGCUUCGACGGCCUCGACCUCGACUGGGAGUACCCGAAUUCCCAAGAUAGGCACGGAUUCACGGCAUGGGUGCAGGACCUGAGGAGAGCCUUCGACCCCCACGGCCUUCUCCUGACGGCGGCCGUGAGCGCAGGGAAGAGCGCGAUCGACGGAGGCUACGACGUCCCCCAGUUGGCCAGGCACCUUGACAUGAUUAACUUGAUGGCGUACGACUUCCACGGGCACUGGGAGGGCAGAGUGGCUCACCAUGCUCCACUGUACGCGGAACCUGGCCAGAGCCCUGAGUUGUGCGCCGACUUUGCUGUCAACUAUUGGAUAAGCAAGGGUACCCCUCCUCACAAGCUGAUACUGGGUGUGCCAGCUUACGGAAGAUCAUGGACACUGGCUGGGUCUAACAGCUCUCCAGGUGCGGCCGCGGCAGGAGCAGGACGCCAAGGACGAUACAUCCAAGGGAGUGGAAACCUGCCCUUCUUCGAGUGCUGUCUCGCAGAGAAGGAAGGCUGGACGAAGAGGAGGACUCAAGCAGGACCUUACCUGACGAAGGGAGACCAGUGGGUCGGGUAUGACGAUGUCCAAUCUGUGACUCAGAAGGCCCGGUACGCGGCGAACAAGGGCCUCGGCGGCGUGAUGAUAUGGGACGUCACUACGGACGACUUCAAGAACCUCGGUGGUGAAGGGAAGAACCCGCUCGUGAAGGCCAUGUACAGGGCCCUCCACGGAUGAUGCUGAGGCUCUCGACGUCACCCUGUGUACCUCUCUUGCCUUUUACUUCAUCCUGCUACUCCUCUACCUUUGCGUUCUUUCGAUUUUCCCUCUUCCUUUCCUUUACUACGUUCCUUUUCCCUUCUCUUCUGUUUAGUUCUCCACUGAUCCUUCUCACUGUCCUUUCCUACACCUAUCCUACCCUAAUACACAUGCUAUAUUAAUCCACAGGGCAAAUUCAGCACAAAUAGACCAUUUCUCAAAGCCUGUUUUUCGAUUUUUUGUUAUUUACACUGGCUUAUAUAGUGUCUCUCUGUACACGUUAUAAAGUUUCCUAGUUAAUGAUUUUGUUAUCCAUGGAUGGUAAAUGUUUCACAAGGUUUGCACUGGCUCUCAAUGACUCUAUUGAGUGGUUAAUUUUUUUUUUAUAACAGUUAAUUGACGGGGUGAUUUUUACCUUAUUAGUAACAUUAACUAUUCAGAAAUAAACUCCUAAGCAUACAUGUGGUCGUAGAAAAUAUUAGUUAAUAUUUUAGUUGAAUAAAAAAGUUGGUUCUUGUG